GCGGCGAGAUACCGGACAGAUUCCUAAGGAGCAUCUUAGUCCUUAAGUGAUUUUCGAGGUGGAAAGGAAGCAGAAAGGGACGAAUAACGGAAUUUCACCCCUUUUACAGUCUAUCAUUUGAGGAGCAUAUUGGAGGUGAGCGGUGAACACGAGCCAAUAUGCAGAAUCUGAGACUGCUCAUCUUAAGCGUGCUGUUCCAUUCAGCAUUCUCUGCAACUCUGAAAGCCCAAGAACUGUCCCAGACAUUGUUUUUUGGGGAAGACUUCCACAUCCCCAUGCCAGAAGGUAAUGCUGAAGUGUUGUUCAGGCCUUCGAUUGUUCCAGGACGUGAGAAGCCGCUGAUGAGUUCUGGGAAAGUGGUUGAUCUUCGUGCCAAACUCAACACUGGUUUGACCCACCUGAUCUUGGAGAAUGUUGGAGAAAGUGAUGAAGGAGUCUACACCAUCACAUCUGACGAAAGCGCAGAGGAUAUUACACGCAUCACACUCUAUGUUAGAGAUUGCUCUAGUGAGGUCAUUGUUAAGUAUGGUUUAGAUUUUCACGUUUCGCUCAAUGAUAUCUCAGACCCAGUGGCUGUGGGCUUUCGUCACAGCUCAGUGGAGGCCAAUCAGACUUCAGUACCGGCUGUGGAACUAGUGAAAGUUGAUGGAACAUCCAAGGAGGAUUACAAAGAGCGCAUCGAGAUCACUCCUCAAAAGUUCACUCUGCGUGCUGUUACAGGGGUUGAUGAAGGCAGUUACACCUUCAGCGACUCCAAUGGGAAAGUCAAGAAGAAGAUCUGCCUGAAUGUUAAAGCACAUCUGAUAUUUGUAACCCUUUUAUACGGUGACACUCUGAAAAUAAACCUGCACUUAAAUAGCUCUUUAGCUCGCCUGCUGUACACCCCUAAGUCUGACAACCACAAAUAUUUGAUUAUGGAGAGCGGACAACUCAACCUGCCUCCUAACCUGGAUCUCGAAGGUCGCCUCUCUUUGGAGGAUUCUAUGUGUCUUCUGACAGAUGUGAAGGCUAGUGAUGCUGGAGUUUUCAGUGUGACUGACCUUCAGGGAUUCCUGGUGUCUGAUGUUUACCUAGAGAUAGAAGCAUACAAGCUCCCUAAACUCUACAUUGCCAUCAUCGCUUUGGUAGCAUUAUUGGUGUUGCUGCUUUUAGUGUGCUUGGUGUCAUGUUUGGUGAAGAUACGCAAACGUGCAGCAAAGGCCAGAGCCAUUGAGGAGAAAGUCCAGAAUGCAGGGAAAGUGGAGGGUGAUACCUUCAGAAAGGUUGUGAAAGAAGCCUGUACCCGUCAGAAUGAGGAAGCCCCGGCCCUGUCACAGAAAGAAGACAUCACUGAGAAAUCACAGAGCACAGAGGUCAGCAUUAAGGGUUUGGAGGUGUCUACUAAAGAGCCAAGCCUGCAAGAGAGGAACAUGGAGACCAGUGACUCUGGAGUGGGCUUUAAUACCACUGGGCUCCCACUUGACAGUGACACUGAUGCCCCAACAAUAGCCUUAGCAGAUUCUGAUGUAUUGAGUACCUCUGCUGCCCCUGACAUCAAAGCUAUUCCCAACCAAAUUCCAGAGCCUAAGACGGCCCCCUCACCUCCAAAACCAGCACCAUCUUCAGAUCUAAAACCAACACCUGUGGCCAAGUCGACUGCUCCUCCACCACCUUCUCCUGAACCCAAACCACCAGUAACACCAACACCUGAAUCCAAACCUGCUGCUACACCUGAACCAAAAGUGACCAUCUCACCACCUGAAACAAAACCAACCUUAAGCCCAUCGCCAGAACCCAAGCAACCAGUGACACCUGAUCCAAAACCAAUAAGUCCAGCACCUGAGGCCACAUCAACUGAUGUUAAACCAAUUCCAAGUCCAACCCCUGAAUCUCCAAAAGCUUCAUUGCCAACUCCUGAUGCGAAACCAGCCGUUACUCCAGAUGCCAAACCAGCAGUUUCACCUACUCCUGAACCCUCACCAGCUAAAGUUGGCACCCCUGAACAGAAACCCACCUUAAGCCCCACACCUGAUCCCAAGACCCCGGAUCCUAAACCGGUUUCUCCAAUCCCUGAGCCUAAGCCACCAGUCUCACCGAUUCUCGACUCGAAACCAACUACAAAUGGUACUCCUGAAUCCAAGGAGCCAAGUGCACCUUUAUCUCCUGGCCUGGAUGCAAAGGGCACUACCCCUCCCAAAACCCCUGAAUCUGGGAAAAGCUCAGUCAAAACUCCUGAGCUCAUCUCCAGUGGAGGUCUAGACUCGGCUUCUCCCAUUGACAGUGCACCACCUUCAAGCACUGAUGGAGCUGCCACCAACUGAGAUUAAAACCGUAGCCUCGUUCCUGCCGCCUCCUAUAUUAACCACCACAGACAAUCUAGACACUUGAUUCAAAGAAGAGCUAAGUGACUUCCUUAGGGGGUGGGUUCCUCGGUCUUUUGAGUCUCACUUUUAAUACGAUUAACAUGCAUCAAUGGAAAGAUCCACUGUAAAUUCACUCAGUUUACUAAUAUUUAAUCAGCCCAUAAAAGGGUUCGAAUACAGAGAUGAAGCACUUCAGACCUUACACCAUUGACUGAUUUAAUACAGAAUGAGGGAGGCCAUCUGGGGUAUUCCAAGAAAGUGUACAAAGACAAAUCUUCCAUCACAGAAAUAAUACAUCACUGCAUGAAGAUAUUGAGAAAAUAAAUUCUAUUAUCGGUUCCGUAAUCCAAGAUUACUGUGGUUGAAUUUGGAGAAAGGCACACAAGGGCAUGGGACAUUAAUCAUUUUCAUUCUAUACAAGAUCAUUUCUGCUCCAUUUUGACGAGUCGGAGAAUCUAAAUUGCAGCAUUGAUACUGAGAAAGCGGCGAGCCAACCUUCUGCUGUCUGAGGACUGGAAAAAUGGAAAAAUCAUGUCACUUCGACGCAUGCAAGUCAACAUGUCAUUUUGACAAAGGGGAUGAACGAGGAAACUACUGAAGUGAAGUGCAAAGCCAAACAAAGAAAAACCAUUUGACCAAAAAAAUAUAAUAAUAAUCACAAACCUUCAUAGACUAAUCUGUGACUCUGUGCCUGGAGGACUUUUUUGUGAAUCUUCUUCUAUAAGUCUAACCUAAGACACUAGUCUCAUAGAUGUUCUUGUCCAGAGAUGUGCACAUUUCCCAUUCAUCCAGUAACAAAAAUAUUGCUGUUGAAGUCUCUCUCAGUUACUUGCGUAAGCAAGAACUGUUAAAAAUAUCACUCGUGAGUCGUGACAAUGGUUGAAGUCAACAGGAUAUGUAAACAGGUACAAGUUCUUUGAGUAAGUCAUGUUGAGAUUGUUAGAUCUCAGUAGUGAGACUGUUUCCAUCAUUAGUGUUCUGGAGUAUUGUGCUAAAAUUGAAUUGACCCUACUAAUAGUGCCAUUUUAGCAUGUGGUUCCCAAAAGGAAAUAUACAAAUCAGAUAAUGAUGCAAACACACCUGAAAAAUAUGCACUGAGCGUAGAUCCCCAUCUUGCCGAGUGCUCAGUUGUGGAGGAUGCAGCAGACUACUACAAUAUGCCAUACUUUUACUGGCACCUUACAGCAUUACUCCCACACUGUGAUCCAAACACUUGAAUUGGCUAAAAAGUGUGUUUGAUAACACGCCAUUCUUGAUCAUUAAUGAUCAUUGUUUGAUGAAUUGCUCUCAUGAUCGGAAAUUUAUUGAAAAUGUACCCAAACAUCUCAUUAAAUUAAAUUCAGUUUACCGCCCACUUUCCACAGAUGAUAAUAGCGCAAAGGUAAAUAGCACUGACUCUGAAUCUAUAAUGAUCCUAAUUUACAUAAAAAGGAGGCUUGUUUGUGCUGUAAAGAAUGACAGUGAUUGCGGGUGGUUGGUAAAUAAGAGCAGAAGUAGCGCAAGCAGUAAAUUAGACCAAGAACAUCUGGUAUGGUUAAAUUUGCUGAUUCUUGUUUGCUUGAGGAGCAAGUAGACAUGGUUUCUAGGAAGAUCUAGAUCGUUACUUCUGUGUGUUGCUUCUGGUUAAUCAACAAUGUUCCACAAGUAAUUUUAGAUUUAUAGUCAUAUAUAGUUGAAAGAAAGUCUCACAUAUCAGUUUACGUAUAUUCCAGGUGCCUCCGGUGGAGCCUGAACACCACUGCCUGUUAAUGUUGUAUACGUCCAGGAACCUACUCCUACAAGACUAUCUGUGGGAGCUGAUGUUAAAUCGCAGUGAGGUAUGAUAGCUAACUUGAUAUGUGUUUUAAGAACUUGAAGCAUGGGCAGAUUUGACAGACUGGAGGUUUGUGGGUAGAUUUUAUAAUGUAACAUUAUCACUACCUCACAGUUAACCCUGACUAAUCUACUAAACCACUAACUAAACAACAUUGUAACGUAUGUCGACAUUAAAAAAAAAGAGAGAGAUGUUAUUUUGGCAAAGCACAAGGUUUGAAAUACAAUCAAACGUUUACAAAUCUCAAUCAGAUAUUUGGCAAUGCCUUCUCCACAAAUCUCUGAAAAUGGCCUUGUUCCUUCUCAGCCGUCAACAGCUGUUUUAAUAUCAGUGCAAGAAAAUGACACUAGAAAACCCAUAUAGCCUUAGUGUCACAUCUCAUAAUGUAAAUAUCACAAACGCUUGAUAUCAUAACCCUAUUAAACUCAAAACUACUAUUCUUUUUUUUUUUAAUGCGCAAAUUUUAGUCCACAUUAAAAGUUAACCUCCUCACUUUGUUUGAAGAGAGAAAGAGAGCCGGUAAGUAAGUAAGUACAUCUUAGCAAUAUAAAAAAUGUGCAGAUACACACACAAUCAUGUACACAUGCAUAAUAAUAACUUGUUUUCAGUUGAGUAUUGUGAGGUUCUGUAGUUUGGUCUACACUUUCCAGAUUCUUUAGUUUCUCACAACCAUUCACAGGCAGCCACAACAGGGUUUUUAUCAUCUUUUAUACAAUACAAAACUUAUGAACUUAGUGUAGCACAGUUCCCAUCAGCUAAACCCAUUGGCUGUUAAACGUCACAUCUCAUCUCCAGCAAAUGAUGUUACCGUUAAGUGCAUCCCGGUAAAGCACAUCACACAGGUUUCCAGGCAAAAUCAAUAUUCUCCUGGUUACUCACUGAAUCAUCACAGUGUCUUAAAGCAGAAGAUGACACUUAAGAUAUUCGUUACCCUUCAGGACACUGCCACUGAUAAUAGUCUUGUAUCAUGACAUGAUUACUGUCUGUUUUUGUAUUUUGUGUGUUGAUGCUAGUGUUGUAUGUAUGGUAUUUAUGAUGAGAGAUUAUAGAUGUUAUUCACCAUUGGCAACAUCGGGAGGCCUGUAUGUGUUUGUACAAGUGCAUGUGAGUAUGUUUGUGUGUUUCAGUGUGUUAGCAACAAUCUCCAUUGGAUAGCUGUCAUUUCAAUGCAAUUAGCGAUGUCCUUUUUCUCCCUGGCUGGCUGGUAAUUGCUGUUUCUUUUUAAGUGGUAUUAAAUGCAGAUCCAAUUUACAGAAGUGCACAGUGCAAGAUUUAUAUCAGAAUGGACUCGAUGCUGUACAGUGGGACCUGACUAUAUCUGUUUUGAUACCAAGAUAGCCGUGUACUACAGGCCAAUUUGAUUUAAUUGAUGCUCAAGUCUACGCUAACAGAAUAGUAAUUUAGUUUAUAUGGCGCUUUUCCCUUGCUCAAGGCACUUUACAAAAUACAGACAAAGUAAAGUAAAGUAACGAUGCAUCGUCAUUGCAGUCUGUCAUUGCAUGCCAUAGAGUUACUCUCCCAUAGUGUCUAUCUGUGCUAUUGUGGUCAUGCAUAUUUAGGAGGUAGUGUGUAGACGUCUAAAAGAAGUACUCUGAUCUUCAUGUGUCGCACGGCUCUGCAGGUCUCUAAUUGGAUAAUUCCAUUGUGUAAAACAUCGCUUGGAUGUCAUUGAAACUGUUGCAUUGUACGUUUCACCCUGUAUCUUUCCAUUCCAUCAGUUAGACCUGAUUGGUCGAUGACAUUCUUAAGGGCAUUAAAGGGAUAGUUCACUUGAAAAAAGAAAAUUCUCUCAUUGUCUACUCACCUCAUGUUGGUCUAAAGCUGUAUGACUGGCUUUCUUUCAAAAUAUUUUUUGUCCAUACAUUUUAAUCAGUGGAGUCGAGAGGUGUUUUUGACUUUAAUAUAUGGACAAAACAGUUGAAAUAUUCUUCAGACUAUCUUCUUUUGUGCCCCACAGAAUAAAGUCAUGCAGGUUUGGAAUGACAUGCAGGUGAGUAAAGUAAAGAAUUUAAAUUUUCGGAUGAGCUAUGCUUUUAAGUAAAUUCCCAGAAUUCAACGGGUGUGAAAUUAUCUCUCAAGAGUGAGGAAAAUAAGUGGUGAGAAUGUAUAGAGCAUGAGAAGUCCACGUAUCCUGUGGUGUUGUGCAUUCUCCAAGUAAACUCAAAGUGCAGUUGUGUCCCACAGGUGCAUGAGAGGUUUCUGCCUCUCUUUUCCUCUCCUUAUUCCACCUGAGUGAUGCUCUACAUUUUAUCAGUCCCCGUUUUUCCUUUUUGCACAAAUACAACACAUAAACAUUUUGUAAAGAAGAUAUACUUCCUUUCUUUCAUGCCUAGAAAUAAUAAUAAAUGAUUUUAAAAUGUU